AUGGAAGUGGACAAUAAUUCUCAGGGAAUUCGCUAUGAGGCUAUUUCCGGGUUUUUUAUCCAAUCCGACCCGUCUACGGAUCCUCAACCACAUCCACCAGCUUUUGGGCUGAAAUCACGCACAUCUGCCACCUAUUGGGAAGACUUUGAGGCACGCAUCCAAAAGCUCCAACAGUCAGCCCCAGGUAAUGUGCGCUAUGUAGUCUGUUGGUUAGCUCGCCAUGGACAGGGGUGGCGCGUGGAUAGGUAUGGUCCAAUAGCCUGGGAAAACAAGUGGUCGAAGCAGAAUGGCGACGGGGAGAUAACUUGGGGUCCUGACGCCAAGUUGACACCCCUGGGAGAAACCCAAGCUAAGGCGGUAAACGAGAUUUGGAAAAAAGAACUUUCACGACCCGGGGAUCCGAUUCCUGUACCGACCAGACUAUUCUCUUCGCCUCUGACUCGUGCUUUGGCAACUCUUGAUUUGACAUUCAAAGGUGUUCUCCCCAAAGACGAAAGCACGGGUGAUCCCGUCAGGAGCCCGCUUGUCAUAGAGAAUCUUCGUGAAGAAUUGUCUCCAUACACGAGCGAUCACCGCAGUAGCAAAACUGACAUACAGAAGGCCUACCCAGGUUUUCUUUUUGAAGACUCGUUUACCGAAGAAGAUCAGCUCUGGAGCGAGUUCGUUUCUGAAUCAACUGAGGAUUUUACCUCGCGCUUGAAAGCUACUUUAGAUCAUAUAUUUAAAGAUUUACUUGGAGAGAAGGAUACCUGUGAGUGCAUCAUUUCUUCGAGUGUGGAGGUCUGA